GAAAGCGUACAAGAUGCUACUGAAGUAAGCAAAGGUUGGAGCACCACACAAAUUGUCAUUGGCUCUGCUGUUGCUGUUGUUGCGGUUGUUUGCAUUGGUACUGGUUGCUAUUAUGCAGCACCUAAAAUACUUUCCUGGAUCAAGCUGGGAAGUGCUGGAAAAUGUGCUCUAGUUGGAAAAGGUGCAGUUGCUGGAAAAGGUGCCGUAGCUGGAAAAGCUGCUGUGGCUGGAAAAGCUGCUGUGGCUGGAAAAGCUGCCGUUGCUGGAAAAGCUGCUGUGGCUGGAAAAGCUGCUGUGGCUGGAAAAGCUGCCGUUGCUGGAAAAGCUGCCGUGGCAGGAAAGGCUGCUGUGGCAGGAAAGGCUGCUGUGGCUGGAAAAGCUGCUGUGGCUGGAAAAGCUGCUGUUGCUGGAAAAGCUGCUGUGGCUGGAAAGGCUGCUGUGGCAGGAAAGGCUGCUGUGGCUGGAAAGGCUGCUGUGGCUGGAAAAGCUGCCGUUGCUGGAAAAGCUGCUUUGGCAGGAAAGGCUGCUGUGGCUGGAAAGGCUGCUGUGGCAGGAAAGGCUGCUGUGGCUGGAAAAGCUGCCGUUGCUGGAAAAGCUGCUUUGGCAGGAAAGGCUGCUGUGGCUGGAAAGGCUGCUGUGGCAGGAAAGGCUGCUGUGGCAGGAAAGGCUGUUGUGGCAGGAAAGGCUGCUGUGGCAGGAAAGGCUGCUGUGGCAGGAAAGACUGUUGUGGCAGGAAAGGCUGCUGUGGCAGGAAAGGCUGCUGUGGCAGGAAAGGCUGCUGUGGCUGGAAAAGCUGCCGUUGCUGGAAAAGCUGCUGUGGCAGGAAAGGCUGCUGUGGCAGGAAAGACUGUUGUGGCAGGAAAGGCUGCUGUGGCAGGAAAGACUGUUGUUGCAGGAAAGACUGUUGUGGCAGGAAAGACUGUUGUGGCAGGAAAGACUGUUGUGGCAGGAAAGGCUGUUGUGGCAGGAAAGACUGUUGUGGCUGGAAAAAGUGCUGUUGGAACAGCUGCUGUGACUGAUAAAGUUGCUAUGGCUGGAAAAGCUGUUAGAAUUGCAGCUGUAGCAGGAAGUAUUGCUGCUUGUAUUACUCAAGAAAAGAUUGCAAAAGUCUAUAAAAGCACAUAUGGAUGA